UUAAAGGUGGAACAGAAAAUCUGAAUAAGUAGCUGGCAAAUGAGUAACCAGAUUGAGCCUCGUUAAUAAAAACCCAUUAUAAAUUCUAAAGAACCGUUAACGUAAAAAUUACGUGCACGGGAUGCAAACUGCACACGUUACCACAAAGACGCCGUUGUACUGAGCGACUAGCGUACAGCACUGGAAAUAAUAUGGGGCCUCGAGUCAAUGAAGCGGCGCUCUUUGUUGGCUCUGCCGCGGGGAGUCGCUGCGCUCUUCUCAGUACUCCAGGCCGCCGAUUUCGCAUGAAGUCUGCACUGAUUGGAAGACAGGCCGAGCAUGGCGGCUUCGUUUACCUUGGCCGGUUCUGCAGUGUGUUUGAUGAAAGAGGCCGAAAACACAGACCAGACGGGUCGUGAAUUACGUUCGCUGAACCGAAUAUGCAAAAGCGGCGAUGAAGAGGAUUCUUCUCCAGUUGAAUCUCCAUACCAUCUUCCUCGAAAAAAACUAUCAGUCUCCUGCUCUGAAGAUAAUGUAGCCAAAACGGAGCAGAAAGAUGAAGAAGAUAAUAAAAGUGAAGGAGACACCUCCUCCGAGGAUGAAGAAGAUGAAGAUGCUACAUGGAGAAUUGGCUCCGAAGAUGAUUUUAACCUGAGUCAACAAAAGCGCCGACGUAAAAAUUGCCCCAUCUGUGGAAAGCGUUUCUACAAAAGAAACAAUUAUCGCCAACAUUUAAAGUCUCACAAUAAAAAGAGAGCACGGGCGAUUGAAAAGGCAGAUAAUGUUGAGGAGAUUCCUGCCAGCCCAUCGCCUUUGGAACACCACUCUUGGUCGGGUAACAAAGGGACGUAUGGCUUAAAGCAGCUGACAUUGCAGAAAGACAGUCUAGGUAAGUUCACCUUGUCUGUCAUCUCCAGGCCUAGUGAGACAUUAGAGGUUCAACCAGGAGACAAGCACUGCAGCAAGGAUGAUCAGAACUGCAUGUCAGCAGAACCCAACAAGAGCUCUCCCAGCAGUUCAGAUGUCCACAGCUACGCUUGUGAAAAAGCCUUAUGCACAGAAGACGAGGACCUGCACUGCAAACCCACGCUGCUCCAAUGUGUACAGUGUAAAGAAAGCCUUUCUUUUGCACAGAUUCCAAACAAUCAUAGGUUACAUCAGCAGACAUCUAGCAAAUGCUUCAGAUGUGAAAACAAAAGUGCAUUCCACAAUGGGAAAAAUGUUUUUCCUUGUUCGGUGUGCUUUGGUAGUUUCCAGACAGAAACAGAAUUGCACGAUCAUUUGAGCAGGCACACAAAGUAUAAACCAUUUUGCUGUGAUGUAUGCCAGCAGACGUUUUCACAAUAUAAAGCUCUGGCUAUCCAUUUUGAGAGUCAUUCCAUGGAGAGCCGUCCAGAAGUCAAGGAAAGCAGCUCAAAGCUGAGCCACAAGGAUGCAGUGGGGUCCCCGAAAUUUCAGCAAAGCAAAGAAUCUGGCAUCCAGAUGAAGUGCUUUGAUUGUGGUGGUCUUUUCAAUUGUGAGGUCACGCUUCACCAGCAUUACAUGCUUCAUGCUAGCGGUGAACUUUAAAUGUGAGUUUGGAUACAGAAUGGUAGCACACUAUGAUCUAAGUGAUAAAAUCACUGGUGCACAGGAAUGACCUCAUUAUCAUCCCCUGAAGUUGAUGAGAUGAUGCCUGGUCUCUGGGCUUUGAGUUAUCGGCAAAGGGGUGCCACACUCUCCUGAAGGCCUUUAUACUGUUGUAUGUUUAGCUACCUCCUGAACUGUGGUGGGAAAUCCUGAGCCUGGCUGGCCAAACUGUUCUGUUUCAACAUUUGCUUUUUAUCACUGAAAGCUAUCUCUUCAUCUGUGAUAAUGCCUGGCGUGGUUGACUUUUAAGCAGGGCUUUGGUUUCAGUAUCUUGGAAGUUUGCUCAGGUAAGUCAUUUUCCGGUCCUGUAAAACAUUUACAUUGAACUUGAACCAUGAGUAUUGUCAUAACAAUUCUGAUUUUCAAUUGAUUGAAGAAAAACGGUUCCGACAAAGAUGUCCCAAUGGGAGAUGAAUAAAAGUGGAGUUGGGAGAUGAGAACAUUUUUGCACAGUUUUAAAAUUCUCUGCUCCUUCAUAAAAUAUGUCUGCUCCAAUGCCCUGCUUGCAUUUAUUUAACAAUUUGAACGGACACAGUGGUUGGUACAGUAAGAUGUACAGAGACAGUGGAGCAGCACUGCAGGAGAUCUCCAAGGGGAGUGCAGAUAGAGAGCUUCAAUACCAGCACACGGCAUAAGCAGCAGAGGCGAUCACCGGAUAUUAACUCGUUUCUCAGUUUAUGCUGAGUGCUUGUGGAACUCUGCAAGUGGAGACUGUUAGAAAUGAAUCAAUGUUCAGACAUUAGAAGUUAAGUAGCAGAUCUGGUUAAUCUGCCCCUGUCCUCAACUGCUGGAAUAUUUUUAAACACAAAGCUUAUUUUAUAUAUGAAUCACUCAUUGUUGGAGAAAUCCACCUCAAAACAUCCUUGCACCGUUUUCCAAAGUCUAUUCAGAGUUGAAUCUCCCUGAACACGACUGAAUCUCCCAAGACAGAGGAGAAAAUGAGACGGGCUGCUUCUACUGAGGAUUUAAUGGGGCUCUAAAUCCACUGAGACUUGAAGUAUGGUGCUUAAAAUGAUUUUAAGGAGAAUUUUGUUUUCACUACAGAGGCCCACUGCACUAUGAUGUAUACAUGUUGUGUUUCACUUUCUUUUAUCUGUUUUAAUGAAUUAUUUUUCUUUAAUCAUGUUCUGAUCUUUGUGAAGCUAAGUAUGUGUGUGAGAUGAUUUUUUUUUGUAUUUUUAUUGUCAUAAAUGCCCCCACUGCUGCUAUUGCCCGUUGAAUAUGUUAUAUCUAGUCUAAGAACAAUCAAAUAGGUGUCAAUGGUUUGAUGUACAUUUAUGAGUUUGAGAGAUGAACAGAAGACGAUAUGCGCCAGUCUGGAUGUUUUAAAGCUCAGUUUUAUUUUUCCCUCCUACAAAAUCGGCGAAUUCAUAUAUGACUCAGACGCCGCCGCAAGUGGCAGCCUUUCCUGCAGCUCCGUGUACGACUUUAUCUUUCUACCUUUUUAUCUAUUUCACUGAUCACUCCUACCACUUUCUUUUAUGUGGAUUUGUUCCCUGGACACUUUUUACUACUAUGUGAAUUUCCCCUUGGGAUUAAUAAAGUAUCUAUCUAUCUAUCUAUCUAUCUAUUCGAAUCCAGGUGCCAAAUGUGAGCAGUUGUGUGGACAAUUUUUAAAUUGUGCCAGUCAGUCUUCAAAAUAUUUUGCAAAUAUUCAGUAUUGAGGCAAUAAUACACUAGCUGUAAGUAUUGUCGGUAGUUUUAUACGUACAGGUUUGGAAGAAUAUAUUGGAAGCAUACAUAACUCCAGAAUUUGUGAUUUGUUUGUAACCAAAAGGGCUAUUUCUCUACUUCAGCAAAUUCCAUAAGACUGGAGACCCGUUAACAACUUGGGUCAGAGUCCAAACCUGUAAGAUCGUUUGUAAGCUGAUCCUCAGUUUUAAGAUGUGCCUUAGAAAUUAAACGGCGUAUUUAUGUAACCUGCAUUAAUUCCAACUGUAAAAUGCAGGAGAACGUCUAUUAACAGCUCAUACUAAACUCUCUAGAAGCUGGAUAGUCCACAGGCAGGGCUCAGCACACAUCCCUGUCACUUUCUGGCCCAGCAGAGCCCCUCAGUUGUGGUCCUGGAGGGCCAUGGUGGCCGCAGGUUUUCACAUCAACCAGUGUCUUAAGUAGAGCCGGUAUAUUUCCAGCUUGUUUUGGGUUUAAUUUUUGUUAACCCACUUGAAAUGAUUCAGAACCGUUCAUUUUUUAUCUUUGAUGAGUUGUAAUUUAGGUUUUGUUUCCUAUUUUCUUCCUCCACCACCAGUUAAUAAGGAACCACCAGCUUUCCAUGUAACCUGAUCCCAUUUAAAGCUGCGUAUAUGUAUCAUGUCACAUCUGUGUUAAUAAAAUGUUUAAAAAAAAAUGACAAAGAAAAGGGAAGGACUGAGAACUUUGUAUUUGUUACGGUCCAUAAAGUACAUGAAUAAUCCAUCCAUUUUCCAACCCGCUGAAUCCAAACACAGGGUCACGGGGGUCUGCUGGAGCCAAUCCCAGCCAACACAGGAACUAAUCUCGGGCAGGGUGCCAACCCACCGCAGGACACAAGCACACACCAAGCACAUACUAGGGCCAAUUUAGAAUCGCCAAUCCACCUAACCUGCAUGUCUUUGGACUGUGGGAGGAAACCGGAGCACCCGGAGGAAACCCACACUGACACAGGGAGAACAUGCAAACUCCACGCAGGGAGGCCGGGAAGCGAACCCGUGCCGCCCAUACAUGAAUAAUAUACUCCAAAAAAAUGAAAAUGUACAAAGUAAUAAAGGUUUGACUUGGAAGAAUUGAACCACUAACAUGCCAUACCAUUAAAUGCCAAGUCUCAUUAUCACCAAGGAAUGGCUUCUAAUUAGGAAACUGGUUGGAAUGAAAAUCUGCAGGAACUGUGGCCUUACCUCCAGAACCAUAGUUGAUGAUGACAACCCAAAACCUUCCUUUGAGUAAAUCCUUGGCCAGAAGCUAGGGGUCUUCCUUCCUCACAGUACAUUGCUGAACAUGUUGGAAGACUACUGGCUCAUUUGGCCUGCUGCAGACAUGGGUGUGAUGUCCACAGGACACCGGCCAGCUGGUGGUGGUGGUGUUAGAAAUGUUUUUUUUUAGUAACAUCAGUGAUCCUGAGCGCAUGGACCAGUUUCCAUUCAAAAUUGUCUUUGUGGUAGCAGUGGGACUUUGGAGGUGUUGUCUUAACAUUCGCUCUGUUAAGGGAAAUGACAGACAUACAGCUUGUUUGCCCUGCCAAGUUGAGGUAAGAGUGACACUGGUGUCAAAGUCUUGCUAAUAAUAGACUUGAUAUCAGGCCAGUUGACGGUGGUCCUGGAGAAAAUGAAUCUCUGUUAGUUUCAACAGGAGGAGUCACCUUCAAGUGAGUCCACCUCCUGAACAGUCGGUAAUUUAAAAAGCACACACGGAAGUCCAAAAUGGUAUGAACUGAAUUAAAAUGAGUCGGUCUGCUGUCGUCUCCUUGUCUGUUGAAUUGUAAGGGGACAUUUUCUUCAGAUCACAAUAGGACAGUACUAUGCAAUCAUUUGGAGUACAGUACAUGUUUGACACAAUCGGCCAAAAUAAUAAAAAAAACCUCCAGUGAGUGUAUUUCAGUUUUUUUGUUUAAAUUUCCAGUUCAUUGACUGGUGCGUUCCUAAUAGGUGCUCACCUGUCCUCACUUAAGUCUGUACAUUAGCUGGUACGUUAUGGUCUUUAUCACUAGGAGGGUACAGCAGUUAGUGGACCAGGUCCCUUCACGUGUACCUCUGCACUGCCAUCGUGUCGCCGAAUGACUGAUGUACUGUAUACCGCUACCAACUGCAACAAUUAGAGAAUGUUGUGUAAGCAUUUAGUGUAGGAAAUCUGCUCAUUUGUGUGUAUGUAUGUUUUAAUAAUUAAAUAACAAAUGUCGGUAACAGCAGGAAGUGUCCAUUAUGUAUUAAUUAUUGAUUGUUCUGUAUCACUUUAUUUAAAAAGGUGCUUACUAAUUAUACAAAGAAAACCACACAGAGUACCCUCAAGAACUGUGGACACGAUUUCACAAUUACACUGGUAAAUGUUUAAGACCGUAAGGUGCAUCUGAAUAAUAACUAUAAUUUGUUUAACUUUUUAAGAUUUUUAUGAAAAUGUUUUAUAUUAAAAUAAAGAUACUUUGAGAUUUUAACUGUUGUACUUUUAUAUGGUAAAUAAAA